GUACAUAUAAUAACAAUAGCCAUAAAUUAUUAAAGUUUGUUUCCUUUUCAUUUGUCUCUAGUUUAUAUUGAGAUUUAAAAUCUCUUGCGUAUGCACACAUUGCUAUAUUUAGUCCGGACUCGCACCAAAGGGCAAAAUUUGUCGGUAAAGUCGGAUAUAUUUAUUCCAGACUCGCACCUAGGGGCAAAGUCUGUCGUACUAUUGUAAAUCGAUCGAUCUGGAAGUGAUCUUGGUGGCGGUGAUAUCUACGGAUAAUUAAUCUACACAAGACAGUUCGCAUAAAAGCACGAGUCAUAGAUGGCACGAAAUGCAGAGAAGGCUAUGACAACGCUUGCUCGUUGGAGAGCAGCGCAAAACAACGAAGGGACACGGAAGGAACAGGAGCGGAGGCCGUACUUGGCUUCCGAGUGUAGAGACUUGCGUAAGGCGGAGAAGUGGCGGAUGCAGAUAAUUCGGGAAAUUGCGAAGAAGGUUGCCCAGAUUCAAAAUGCCGGGCUCGGCGAGUUCCGCAUUCGUGACUUGAACGACGAGAUUAAUAAGCUCCUUAGAGAGAAGCGACACUGGGAGGCGCAGAUAAAAGAGCUCGGCGGACCCGAUUACUCAAGAGUCGGGCCUCGCAUGUUAGACCACGAGGGGCGCGAGGUGCCCGGUAAUCGCGGUUACAAAUAUUUCGGCGCGGCCAAGGAGCUACCGGGUGUCAGAGAGUUGUUCGAGCAGGAACCACCGCCGCCUCCUCGAAAGACUCGCGCGGAACUGAUGAAGGACAUCGACGCGGACUAUUACGGCUACAUGGACGACGACGACGGUAUUCUGAUACCGUUGGAGCAGAAAGCCGAGCAGGAGGCGAGAGAAAAGUGCAUCGAGGAGUGGGUGUCCCGCAAGAAGGAAUCGGAGGACGAGGUCGAGGUCGAGACAACGGCACAAAAGUUGAUUCCGUCGCAGCAAGACAUUCAAGAGGCGCUGCUGGUCAGAAAGAAGAAGGAGCUGCUGGAAAAGUAUGGGCUGGAUUGAGGCCCAGGAUCGGCGUUGCAUUCGGGAUACAGACACUGAAAUGUCGAUAUUGCGAUAUUAACUAUUGAUAAAUUUAUUGUUAGUUUAAUUAUAUAUUAGAAUACAUUUUUAUAAAACGCGAUGAAUAUAAUAAUUAUUAUUAAUUUAUAAGCACGUAAUAACAUUGAUUAAGAUAAUUAGUUUGUGCAGUAGACAUUCAAACUUGAAUGCUUAUCAAGAGAAACGGGUGCCGUAGAUGAAAAA